AUGACGUUCAACAAAAAGGAUAUGAGGAACGCCAAAGCUGUUGAACGUCGUAAACCUAUGUUUGAGAAAGGAGAUGUUGCGGGUCUUGAAGAGUAUUUCAAAGCACUACGUGAAUUGAAUGGCGAUUUUUAUAGCUCUAUGCAACGAGAUGAAGAUGGUGUUUUAAAGAACGCAUUCUGGUCAGACGCACGUAGUAGAGGCACGUGCAAAUAUUUCGGGGAUGUGAUCACCUUCGAUACCACCUUUUAUAGCAAUAGGUGCCGUAUUCCAUUUGCUCCUUUUGUUGGCAUUAACCAUCAUGGGAAACCGACUGUAUUCGAUGUCGCCUUAAUCUCACAUGAAGACACUGAAACUUUUGUUUGGGUGUUUGAGGAAUGGUUGAAGUGCAUGGGAAAGCCUCCCAAGGGCAUUUUAACCGAUCAAGAUAAGGCAAUAUGUAGAGAAAUAAGCAUAGUCUUCCCCCGUGUUCCACACAGGCUUUGUUUGUGGCACAUGCUACAGAAUGGCUCUCGGAAUCUCGGCAAGCUUGUUGAGUGGAAAAGCAUUGAUACACUCAUUAGAACAGCGGUGCAUGAUAUGCUCGAUCCUGAUGAGUUUUAUGAGGCUUGGUGUCUUGUGAUGGAUAAAUAUAACCAACGAGGUAAGGGGUGGAUGCGGGAUGCAUACGAUAACCGUCGGCAAUGGGCCCCAACAUACAACAGAGGCACAUUUUGGGCUGGAAUGUCAUCUACGCAGAGAAUUGAAGGUAUGGAUCGUUACAUCAAAAUUCAUGUAGACCUAGAAUGUGGAUUAGUCCAGUUUAUUAAAAAGUAUGAGUUUUGUAUGAAGAUAAAGGCAGAGGAAGAGAAGGAGGAUAAUUUGAAAAGUAUAGAUAUGCCUCCUCAACUUGAUGUUGAUAAGAGUGUGUUAGCUGAGUAUGUGUUCCAUAAGGUUUACACAAACGAGAUGUUUGCUGCUGUAGUGAAUGAGCGUAAAGGUUUAACCCACACAAACGUGACAAAAAUCGUUGCACUAGUGUAA